AUGACUACCCCCGAUGGACCUCAGCCUUUGAAUGAUGAGACUGAAACCAUGGUGGCCAACAACUUCGAAGACAUGAAUCUCAGCCCAGAGCUCCUUCAGGGCAUCCUUGCCUAUGGCUUCGAACAGCCCUUCGCGACCCAGAGGCGUUCCUUCUUGCCCAUCCUCAAGAGUCACGAUGUCAUUAUCCACGACCAUGCCGGAACAGGAAAAACCAUCGCCUCCAUAAUUUCUAUGCUCAAUAAGCUCGAUUUGACCAAUUCCCAAUGUCAGGCAUUGGUGAUUGUCCCCACCCGUGAAUUGGCACAAGCGACUAUGAGAGUCGUGGAGGCGCUGGGAAAGUUUAUGUCAGUGGAGUGUCAGGUCUGCAUCGGAGGAACCAGAAUACCCGAGUGCAUGGCUAAUCUGGCUCAGGGGGCCCAGGUGGUGGUUGGAACGCCCGGCCGUGUUUAUGACAUGAUCUGUCGAGGAGCACUCAAGACGGAUUCGGUCAAGAUGCUGAUCUUGGAUGAGGCAGACGAACUGCUGGAAAGAUUCUUGAUCGACCAAAUAUGCGAUCUACUCGCGAAACUCCGUCUUGGGAUACAGAUCGUGCUCAUGUGCCCGACCAUGCCCGAGAAUGUGAUGAAAUUGGUGGCCCGGUGCAUGAGGGAUCCAGUGCGGUUCUUAGUCUCGAGGGACGAGGUAUUGUUAGAGCGGACAAAGCAUUUCUAUAUCGAUGUCGUGAAUGAAGAACGGAAACUUUAUACGUUGCUGAAUCUCCACAUGACGGCGCUUCACGCGGUGGUUUACUGCAGCACUCCAAGGAUGGUCGAUUGGUUAGUGGCACAACUGCGAGCAAACAACUUCACGGCGUUGGCGAUUUAUGGGGAUAUGGAAGAAGAGGAGCGGCAGUUAGUUCUAAAGAAGGCUCGAGCUGCAUGGGCCGCACUUUUGGUUUCCACGGAUCUAGAGGACAACCGGCGACUGAAUCUGCAGCAGGGCGUGACGGCGACGAUCAACUACGAUAUGCCACUGAAGGAGGAUUACAUCCGGAGGAUUAAUCAGAGGACGUACAGGAACCGGGUGUUUUGCUUUAUUACGAGUGCUGAUGCUAGGAUGAUCAAGGAGAUUGAGGAGUACUAUCUGAUAAGGAUCCAGAAGUAUUUAAACUAG